GGAAGGAGGGGUAAUAAGCUUCUUGAAUCGUACUCCGUAUAAUAUUGGACCGGUUAAUAGGGUCCUAUCUUCCAUUUCACAUUUAAACUAAAGCCCAAAUAGAAUUCUUUCUCCGCACUAGGGCAGCCGUCUGCCGAUUUCCCAACCCUCCCCGGCUCCGGGAUUCUAUUCCAGCGACCGUUCAUCCAUUUCCAUUUCCGAGUACACAAGCUAGUUGAAGAACAACAAUAUGGUGGGAUUCCAAAUGCAGCCAUAUGGAAUGCAAUCUAUGCUUAAAGAAGGGCACAGACAUCUGUCUGGUCUCGAUGAGGCUGUGAUCAAGAACAUUGACGCCUGCAAGCAGCUCUCCGGUAUAACUCGAACUUCAUACGGACCCAAUGGCAUGAAUAAGAUGGUUAUCAACCAUCUUGAUAAGCUUUUCAUUACCAAUGACGCUGCUACGAUUGUGAAUGAACUUGAGAUCCAGCAUCCUGCUGCCAAGAUUUUGGUGUUGGCAGGAAGAGCUCAACAAGAAGAGAUUGGUGACGGGGCCAAUCUGACUAUUUCUUUUGCUGGAGAGUUGCUUCAAAAUGCUGAGGAACUGAUUCGGAUGGGGUUACACCCUAGUGAGAUCAUCAUUGGAUACAAUAAAGCAAUUAAUGAGACUAUUAAAGUAUUAGAAGAACUAGUUGUUGAAGGCUCAGAAAAUAUGGAUGUCAGAAACAAGGUAGAAGUUGUUUCUAGGAUGAAAGCUGCAGUUGCAAGCAAACAAUUUGGACAAGAAGAUAUUUUGUGCCCUCUCAUUGCUGAGGCAUGUAUACAAGUGUGUCCUAAGAACCCUGCUAAUUUCAACGUGGACAAUGUUCGUGUUGCUAAGCUAUUGGGUGGAGGUCUACACAAUUCAACAAUAGUUAGAGGCAUGGUAUUGAAAAGCGAUGCUAUUGGGAGCAUUAAGAGAAUGGAAAAGGCAAAGGUUGCUGUUUUUGUUGGGGGAGUUGAUACAUCUGCAACCGAAACAAAAGGCACAGUUCUUAUUCAUAGCGCUGACCAGCUUGAGAAUUAUGCAAAAUCUGAGGAAUCUAAGGUUGAAGAUCUCAUUAAAGCAGUUGCAGAUUCUGGUGCUAAGGUGAUUGUUAGUGGAGGUGCUGUUGGAGAGAUGGCACAGCAUUUUUGUGAACGUUACAAGCUCAUGGUAUUAAAAAUUAGCUCCAAAUUUGAGCUGCGACGUUUCUGCAGAACCACUGGUGCUGUCGCUCUUUUGAAGCUCUGUCAACCAAAUGCUGAUGAUCUUGGAUAUGUUGAUUCUGUCUCAGUGGAAGAAAUCGGUGGUGUUAGGGUUACAGUCGUACGAAGUGAGGAAGGGGGUAAUUCUGUGUCCACCCUAGUUCUAAGAGGCAGCACUGAUAGUAUAUUGGAUGACCUUGAAAGGGCAGUUAACGAUGGUGUAAAUACUUAUAAGGCGAUGUGUAGGGACAGUAGAACAGUACCUGGAGCUGCAGCCACUGAAAUUGAGUUGGCAAGGAGGUUGAAGGAGUUUUCUUUUAGAGAGACUGGCCUUGACCAAUAUGCAAUUGCCAAGUUUGCUGAAAGUUUUGAAAUGGUCCCUAAAACACUUGCUGAGAAUGCUGGACUUAAUGCUAUGGAAAUUAUAUCAUCUUUGUAUGCUGAGCAUGCUGCUGGGAGCACUAAAGUAGGCAUCAGCUUGGAAGAAGGAGCAUGCAAGGACGUUUCUACCAUGGAUAUAUGGGACCUAUAUAUCACCAAGUUCUUUGCUCUGAAAUAUGCUGCCGAUGCUGUGUGCACCGUUCUCCGAGUAGACCAGAUUAUAAUGGCAAAACCAGCUGGUGGUCCAAAGCGAGGACCGCAGCCGGGAGGAGGAAUGGAUGAGGAUUGAGUUGCGUGGAGAGUUCUUCGCUGUUGUAACAGUCCCUAAGUUUUGGCCUUAAAGUUGUUUAUUAUUUGUAUGGUUUUUGUUGGUGUUAUUAUCUUGGGGUACAAAUGCCUGGCAGUGACUUUUGAUGUUUAGUUGUCGAUCUUAAUGUGAACUUUAAUGUUACUUCUUUUAGUGCUAGUCAGGUCCUCCCAAAAGGUAAUACUAUUUCAAAAUUACUAGCAAUUAUGUGUGAUAAAUUGAUCAUUGUGCUGCCAAAGUGGUAUAUUCGCUCAUUUGUGGUCGAGGUUUAAGUCUUGAGAGUUGAGAUCAGUUUAUAAAUUGCGUCAUGCCACUUGAAGCGUUCCCUGAUUCCCUGGUAGGCUGGUACUACAUGUCUGUCCUAGAUCAAGGUUCCUUUGCCAAGAAUGAAUUACUAUAUAAUGUAAUUCAUGUAUAUUUUGAGAAAUGAUUUUUAUGGGAAUAUAAUAUAAUAUAAUAUUAUGGAGUGUGAUAAGAUGAUAACUAUGAUUAGUAGGGAUGGACCGGGCCUAGUUCGGGCCUUGAACUGGCCGGGCCUCGGUUCAAGGUAUGGGAGGCCCGGAACCGGCCCGGGUAACCCCUGGGUCCGGGACGGGCCUUGGUUAUAUAUACUUCCUCCGUUUCUUAAAAGUUGCAACAUUAGGAUAUUUGCACUAUUCACACACCUUACUUUGACCAUAAUUUUCUAUUAAUAUAUAAAAUCAAAUUAUUAUGUAUAAAAUGUCAUUAAAUUUCUAUUGAUGUGAAUUUUCAAAAUAUUAACUUUUUAUAAUUUUUACUAAUACGUAAUUAGAUAUAAUUAAAGUCAAAGUUGUGCGUUGGUAAACGUGAAAGUCAAACUGUUGCAACUAUUAAAGAACGGAGGAAGUAUAUAUAUAUAUAUAUAUUUUCGGGUUUUUCCUAGUUAACCCCCAACCCUCCCACUCACCCCCAAACCAACCCUAACCACCUCAAAUGACUCAAAAUACCCAACCCAACCCAAAAACUUAAAAAAAAAUCAAAAAAAAAAAAUGGCCCGGGCCCCAACCGGCCGGUUCACCUUUUGAAGGACCCGAGCCCCAACUGAGAUCCCACCGGGCCGGGUGGCUUGAACCGGCCAACCAACCGGUUCAUCGGGCCGGUCCGGGCCCGCACAGUAGCGGGCCGGUCCGGGCCCGCACAGUAGCGGGCCGGUCCGGGCCCGCACAGUAGCGGGCCGGUCUGGUUCUGGGCCGGUUGGCCCGACCCGAGUACACCCCUACCCGGAACUGGCCCGGGUAACCCCCG